AGGCGGUCUGCGUGGUUCUGCUCCUCUUGAUUCUGGGCCUUCUCUGCUCCUGCCUCUGGCGGCACGCUUCCCAAACUUGCCACAAGGCUCCGAAAAGCCCCCAGCAGCGGCGGACGCCGGAGCGGCGGACGCCGGAGCGCGAGCCGGGCGAGCCGGGCGAGCCGGAGCCGGAGCGCCAAGAGAGGUUCGAUGCGGUGCCUUCCGGGCUCUCCAAGUCCGAGGCGUCCACGCCAGGUUGCUUGGGAGCCGAGGAGUCCCAGGCCCAGGCCCAGGCCCAGGCCCAGUUGGCGGAGUCCGAGCGGGAGCUGCCGAAAAUGGCGAGCCGCUACUCCAUCAAGUCCGCCUUCUCACGCUGGACACGAGCAAAGGCCAAGGUGCGCGUGGUCUGGAAGCUGAACCUGUUGCAAGUUCAGAAUUGGCUCAACGGCAAAGGUGAAGCUCCGCAGCUUGAGAAAGAGGAGCUCCAAGUCGCGGCGGCUGCCGGGCAGGACUUAGAAGCCGGAGAUGCUGACGAGGACUUGCAAAGCGGAGAUGCCGACGGAGAACAGGUUCCGCAAGAACGAGGGUCGCUGGACGAUCCCAUGCCGCCGAGAGCCUCCGCAGCUGUCGGCUUCCUCGCUCCCCAAGGGAGGCCCGAGGCUCUGCCCGAGGCUUUGCCGGCCUACGCCGACGGAGACCGCGUGGAAUACUUCUCCCCCACCUGUGGGCUGUGGCUCCUUGGUGAGGUGACGGUGAAGUCAGAUGCGAAGAGGUCUGCGGCCGAGCUUGCCACAUGCCUGUGA